AUGCUUGAUGGAGCCAUGGCACCAUUGGAACAGGACGCAAUAUGGGAGGGCUUGGCCGCGAGCCCUGUAGCUCUUCCAAAAUGCUGUCUCCUUCAGAUCUAUCUGACCGCAGUUCUGCGGCUCCAGCACCGCUCAACAUUCGUGUUGUCAUGUCCUUCUCUGACUGACUUGACCAUCCACCGCUCGACUGGAGGCGAUGUGGCUCUCUUUUGUGUCACAAGACCUGAAUUGCGCGUGUGCGUGCGUGUGUGUGUGUGUGUGAGAGAGAGAGAGAGAGAAAGAGAGCGACAGCCCAUCCGCUCACGGCAACUGAGACCCCUCUUCGCCCAUAUCUCGAUGCCGUCUCUUCUCUGCAGCAAUGGAGACAGAGUUAAACUCUGGUUUGUCUGUGUAUAAGGCCGAGGGGAGCAGAUCUCAACCUUCGUCUGCCCGGGCUGUCCUCCCUCCUCCCUCCUCCCUCCUCUCUCCUCCGUCCUCGCCGGCUCUGCUGACCUUGACCGGUUAGGCCGGUUGAUCUCGGUAGGCCGCGCCGGAUCCACCGGUUGGUGUCUCUCCCACAGGCAGAUCUCUGCCUGCGUCGUCAAUGCCUACUUUCGCAUAGCUGUCUAUUUCUUUUUCGUAUUAUUCUCUCAUGCCUGCGAUAGCGUUAAAACUGGAGACGUCGAGAUCAAGAUUCUUGUAGGCUUAACACUUGCACGCGAUCUGCUCCUCACUUUUGAUUUUCUGGCCAUUAGUUGCCAGCCGACCCAGGAUCGCCACACAUACGGAGUCAUGCCCGAGAUGACCUGGCUCCGAGAUCGCGGUCUCGUUUUGCGCCUCUCUCUUUCACCAUCUCUGCAUACAUUUUCCAUUCUCUACUGCUCUCUCCCUCUAUUUAUCCCCAUAUACGGUUACCCUUUCGAUGUGAAGGUGGCAUUGUCGGAUCGAUCCGAUGACCUUGACGAGAUUCGAGGCCAAGAGAACGCCGGUUACGUGAAUUUCGAUCUGAUUGGAGUUCUAAGUCGUCCCGCCACCCGAAACACCCACCCACAUACACGUACACACAUACGUACACACGCAAGCAGUCCACUCAGCCUGGCUGCGUUGCUCACCUCCGGCCAGGGGGUUCGAGGCCACCGCUGUCUCCAGCCUGCUUUGUGGCUCGAGGUAGGUACCCCCUUUUCCGCACCCCUCCUCUCCAGCACGGAAAAAAGCCGCCUCUUCUCUCGAGCUCCGUCUGCCGAAUCCAGACUUCUGUGCGCGUGGCAUCUACCUGCCGUAAUCACGACUGUGAGUCAGGCCGCACUUGACGACCACCGCACUGGUCUGUCGGGUUUUUGUCUGGCCACGACUCUUGAUCACUUAUCGGGUGCCAAGAGGUCGAGUCUCUAA